AUGAUUAAAUGGAAAACUGUCAAAAUAACUGAUAAGACAGCACAUAGUGUCAUAAUAUUUCAUGGUUUAGUCGAUCAACCACUGCAAACAGAAAUUCAACCAAAAUCUUCCAAACGUUCCAUAACAAUACCUGUUCAAUUGAAAAAAAAGUACAGAGUGAUUGUUGCUCAAUAUUCUGAUGGUAAACCUGAUUGGCCAAUUGUUAUCGACUUUCGAACUCCAUGUAAAUCACCACAUUCAUUCGUUAAUAUUCAUGUGAAUUUUAUGGUGUGA